AAUAUAAACAAAUAAAUAUAAAAUAAAUGAAACUGGCCUCUGUGGUUUUUGAAAUACUAAAAUAUUGACCUACAUCAACUAUGGUGUCCCAGUUAAACCCUUACUCUUCGGUUGCCAUGCCAACGAUCAAACACUUUGUUGGGUUAACCACGGAUGAUUCUUCAGGCCUGUGAUCUUUUACAGCGUCUAGCUUCAAAGUGGCUGACUUUAAAAGCACACAAAGCUCAUUCAUGUCUUCAGUAACUGCCACUUUUGUUGCACCGAUGCCGUUUUCAGGGGGAGUUUUCACACCAAACCUUUUUUUUUUUACUGACCCCUGAUCUUCAGUGAUGAAGACAUGAACUUUAGGCAGGGUCCGUCUUUGACAGUCAUGCAGGCUCAGGAAGUCCUGAGGCAGCUGCGUAUUCCAGAGCUGGAGGAGCUGCGGCAGUAUGUGCGCGGGCUGCCCACCAACACGCUGCUGGGGAUGGGGGCUUUCGCCGCCCUCACCACCUACUGGCUGACCACCCGACCCAGAGCCCUCAAACCUCCCUGCGACCUCAGCCUGCAGUCCCAGGAAAUUCCAGGCGAGGGCCAUGUUCGGAGGUCGGUUCUGACGGACAGCGACGAGCUGAUGACCUACUACUACAGCGACGCCCGGACCAUGUACCAGGUUUUCCAGCGGGGGCUGCGCGUGUCAGACAACGGACCAUGUUUAGGGUCGAGAAAACCAAACCAGCCGUAUGAAUGGCAGACGUACCAGGAGGUGGCUGACAGAGCAGAGCAUGUGGGAUCUGCUCUCCUCCAUCGGGGACACUCUCAGUCCGGGGACAAGUUCAUCGGAAUCUUCUCUCAGAACAGACCAGAGUGGACCAUUUGUGAACUGGCCUGCUACACCUACUCCCUAGUGGCGGUCCCACUGUACGACACCCUCGGGGACGAAGCCAUCGCCUACAUCGUCAACAAAGCCCAAAUCACCACGGUCUUCUGCGACGUGGCCCAAAAAGCCGGGAUGAUUCUGGACUGUGUCCGUGAAAACGGGAAGAUGGUGAAGACCAUUGUUGUCAUGGAGACGUUUGACAGCGAGCUGGUGGCUCGAGGGAAAGAGUGUGGGGUGGACGUCCUCAGCCUGAAGGACUUUGAGGCCAUCGGUGCAGCCUACCACCAGACCCCCUUGCCGCCUAAACCCGAGGACAUGGCGCUGAUCUGCUUCACGUCCGGCACCACAGGGAGCCCCAAAGGUGCCAUGCUAACACACGGAAACGUCAUCGCCAACACGGCAGCCUUCCUGAAAGUCACCCAGAACACCCUGUCGGCCAGCACUGACGACGUGCUCAUCUCCUUCCUCCCCCUGGCCCACAUGUUUGAGAGAGUCGUGGAGGGCGUGAUGCUCAUCCACGGAGCUCGGAUCGGCUACUUCCAGGGAGACAUCCGUCUGCUGAUGGACGACCUGAAGACGCUGCAGCCCACCGUCUUUCCUGUGGUGCCACGGCUGCUCAACCGCAUGUUUGAUAAGGUGUUCAGUCAAGCCAACACGCCGCUCAAGAGGUGGGUCCUGGACUUUGCCUUCAGGAGGAAGGAGGCGGAGCUUCGGAGCGGCGUGGUGAGACAGGACAGCUUGUGGGACAAACUCAUCUUCAAGAAAGUGCAGGCGAGCCUCGGGGGACGGGUCAGACUGAUGAUCACUGGAGCAGCCCCGGUGUCGCCCACCAUCCUCACCUUCCUGCGAGCGGCUCUGGGCUGUCAGUUCUACGAAGGUUACGGUCAGACGGAAUGUACAGCUGGAUGCUCCAUGUCGCUGCCUGGAGACUGGACCGCCGGUCACGUGGGGCCACCGCUGCCCUGCAACCUCAUCAAACUGGUGGACGUGGCAGAAAUGAACUACCUGGCUGCCAACGGAGAGGGAGAGGUUUGUGUCAAAGGACCAAAUGUGUUUCAGGGGUACCUGGGUGACCCCGAGAGGACUGCUGAAGCGCUGGACAAGGACGGCUGGCUGCACACUGGCGACGUUGGAAAGUGGCUUCCUAACGGUGCUCUGAAAAUCAUCGACAGGAAGAAGCACAUCUUCAAGCUGGCGCAGGGAGAGUACAUCGCCCCCGAGAAGAUCGAAACCAUCUACAACCGCAGCGACCCCGUGGCCCAGAUCUUUGUUCACGGCGACAGCUUAAAGGCCUGUCUGGUGGGAGUCGUCGUUCCCGAUCCAGACUUCCUGCCCAUUUGGGCGAAGAAAAGAGGCAUUGAAGGGUCGUACACUGAACUCUGCAAGAACAAGGAGGUGAAGAGCAACAUCCUGGAGGACAUUCUGCAGCUGGGCAAAGAGGCGGGACUCAGGUCUUUCGAGCAGGUGCGAGAGAUCGCGCUACACCCUGAAAUGUUCACGGUCCAGAACGGCCUGCUCACCCCUACCCUGAAAGCCAAACGGUCCGAGCUGCUCAACCGCUUCCGAGAGCAGAUCGAUGAACUGUACGCCAAAAUUAAAAUGUGACUUCAACCACUGAUCCAACAUCACAACGGCGCCCCCCUCCAUCAGAGUAAUGAACCACGACCCCCGAAACCAAGUCCAUUCAGCUGUAUUCAUUCAAAUACAGCCAAUAAACCGAAGGUGUCGCCACAGCUCCUGGAGUCUCACACCCGACUCGCCAGUUUUGGCUCUUUAAAGCUCUGGUUGUGUAUUUAAGUUAAUAUUUAAGUGAUACUCCUACUGUAAAUAUUGUAUUUGCUAAAACCUGCAAUGUCACGUCCCAUUUUUAUGUCCCGCAUUCCCUUGUUUCAAAGCUGGAUUGGAAGCGUGAGGGUGUUUUUAUUGAACCACUUUGUACCUGAAGAGCCAGGAAACAGGACUUGUUUUACCGAUCAUGCAGGACGUCUGUGAUAUUAGUGUUGUUUUGUUAUUUGGGAAUUUUAAAUAAGCCAACGUGAAAUUUGGUUGGGUGUCGCGCUCUGACUGAGCUUAAUAAACUCUGAUAA